GCAGCCGUUGAGCCGGGCAGCGCCGUUAAAGCGUUGGCUGGCUGGCUUGAUGAGCAGCAGCGGCGGCGGCGGCGGCAUCGUCCAAGGAGGAACAUGGAGUAAACAUGGCCCACAAUAGGAGCUUUUUCUUUGAAGCCCUGGAUAGGUCAGAGACCAGGCCUGACAGCGGCUACAAGCAGAACUGGAGCUUCUCUCUCGCCGACGACAAUGAGGAGGAGAGGAAACAUGACUCGUCUGUGGUGACCAUGGAGGAGAUGAGUCGACAUCAACCGACCUCCCCCAAGGGAAAGAAGUCUCCCACCCUUAGGCACUUCUCUUCGUCUGAAUCUCUGAGAACGUACGAGAACAGGCCAAAUAAUCACACAAGGCCCCUGAGCAAACUGGGACCAGUCAAGAGGCCCAGUGACGUUCCCCAAGCAGUAGCAACGUCCUCCCCGAUACCCAACAGAACCAACUAUUUAAUCAUCAGUCCCACUCCGUCUCAAGGGGUUGUCUUACAAGGACGGCACUUUCAGCACGCUCACGUCCCCUCCCAAAUACGGAAACCGGUACAAAGCAGCCUUGAUUUGAAGGAAAGAGAUGAUUUCUCCACCACGCAGCCGGCUGUAGAGGUAGACAGCAUCGUCCUGACCUGUCCAGAUGUACCAGAUGACAAACUGAACAUUAAGCGGCGUAUCCAUCAGAAGAGGAAACCCUUACAGGAAGGCUGCUGUAGCUUCCCCUCCUCCGUUAAAGCAGUAGAGCAGCCUCUCCGGUUGAACGUCUAUACCCCCUUGUGUGGGAAGUGUAACACAACCAGCGAUGGUGGCACCAAGUGUCAGAACUGCGGUACUGGUCAGGCUUUGCUGCAGUGUCAGCAUGCCCCGCGGGCCUCCCCUUCUUCGCCGACACCGAGACCCCCCAUUCGCCCCCAGCCUUCCCCGGGACCAAACAGCCUUCAGCUCUCUAAGAACUUUUACAGCCUGGCCUCCACCAUGAGGGCGCCCCGCAUGGAGAUCGUGCCAGUCCGUGUGACCAGCACCAGGGGGGGCCUCCUGCCCCUGCAGAAUGGCCGGCCUGUUGGCCUGGAUGGGCCGCUCAGCUGCUGCGGAGCGAGGGUCUCCACAAAAGGCAAGAGGACGGUAUUGGCCAAGCAGCACCAACUCAACGACCCCAUUGUUCUGUCGAGUGAUGAGGAGGAGGAAGCUGACGAUGCCAGCACAGGAAGUGUCAACCGACUGGACAGUGUUUCCCCCCGGCCCGCGGACUCUGCCCACUCCUCACCAGUGCCCUCUGGGGGCAAGGUGGAGGCCGCUGUGAAGAGCACAGGAGAGUUUGAGGAGCUGACCUCUGAACUCUUCGAAGAAGUUAACACAAAAAUUUCGUUACCACGGAGACAGCGUAUGAAAGAUCAGUUUGGAAACCAGCCUCCAGAUAACUUUUUACCAAGGCCAAAGAAGUCCAAAGUCUUGUCCAGCAAAUGUGACAGCAUCAUACUGGAGUGUCGGAGCGUUCGAGUCGGCACCCUGCGCAGGAUGGUGACCAAGCCUGUCAUUUUUUCCAUCGACCAUAUCCAGCUGGAAACGGAAGGCCCCGAGAUGGACGCCCUGGAGAAGGUGAGCCUUCGGGCGUCGGAGCUGAUCAGCUGUGAGUGGUGCAGUGUCAGGAAGCUCCCCGUUUUGUUCUUCCAGACCACGCCCCAGGAAUGUGUCCGCCUCCGCACCCAGCUCAACAUGUCCCAGGAGGAGGGCGGCCAGUGGUACGACUCGGCUGGGAGCCAGUCGGACGAGAAGUAUAUCGUUCUGAUCUUCGAGAACGGCCUGACCAUGAAUGAGCAGUUGAUCUUGGAGGACAUCUUGGGGGAGAUUGGAAGGACGAACAACCUGAGCGACUUUCCCAUCAAACUGUCCUUCGAUGAAGCCAACAUCAGACUGGUCAACUACAACAAGGCCACCAAGGAGAAGGAGGAGAAGGCGAAACCUCAAACAAACAAACUCACCCAGGUAACACCGGUCUCACCUAAGGUAAGCCCAGUUGGAAAGUUGACCCAGGUCACCCCUGUAACGCCCGUGACCACACCCAUACGAACGCGGAUGGCGACACGCCAGCAGACCAGCACUUGCUUUGCUGACGAGGAUGAAGACAUGGCCGACCUCCAGCCGACAUUCAGUGGACCAAUUGUUAAGUUGAUGGUGUAUCCCCCUCCUCCAUCUAAAGGAGCUAUCACAGUAACGAAUGAAGACCUCCACUGCCUUAACGACGGAGAGUUCCUAAAUGAUGUCAUUAUAGACUUUUAUUUAAAGUAUUUAGUUUUAGAAAAAUUGAAAAAAGAAGAUGCACAAAGAAGCCAUGUGUUUAGUUCCUUCUUCUAUAAACGUCUGAACCAGCGAGAGAGGAGGAAUGUUCCAGAUACAACCAACCUGCCGAUACAGAAAAAGAAGCACAACAGAGUGAAGACGUGGACUCGACAUGUGGAUCUGUUUCAGAAGGAUUUUAUUUUCGUUCCCAUCAAUGAGUCAGCUCACUGGUACCUGGCCGUCAUCUGUUUCCCUGGCCUCCAGGGCCCGGAGUAUGAGCCUAACCCCCUGUACCAGGGUCCAUCUCCGGCCCCGGGCUCAGCCCAGACCUCCAUUCCCGACCACACAUCCCAGAACCCUUGCCGCCCACUGUCCCCAGAAAAAGAGGUGACAGGCUCCUCGGAGCACCAGUGCCCCCAUAUGUCAGAAUUCCCCACAGAAGUUCACCCAAGCCACCCAACCAAGGAGAAUCCCGCCUUCACAAACGGCAGACCUGAGCCUUCCGUCAACCUCGGGACUGCCGUCAACAACCUGGUGGAUGCAGAGCCACAGUACACAAACGAGCUGCACAGAAUCAGUGUAUGUUAUGGAUCAAGGGAAGGAAACGACGAUACCUUCACCUUCUCUGAUGACCAAAGCUCCUGUCAGGAUGAGUGCAGUGAGGACGGGACACUUGCCGAUGACACCCUGAACUCUGACAGCUCCAGCUGGACUUCUAAACCCAAUCUCUGCAAACAGCCUUGUAUCCUCAUCAUGGACUCUUUGCGUGGCCCUGCCCGGUCCACUGUGGUCAAGACCCUGCGAGAGUACCUGGAGGUAGAGUGGGAGGUGCGUAAAGGGACGCAGAGGAGUUUUGGUAAAGAGGUGAUGAGGGGCUCCAGCCCGCGGGUUCCUCAGCAGGAUAACUUCAGUGACUGCGGCGUGUACAUCCUGCAGUACGUGGAGAGCUUCUUCGAGAAUCCAAUUCCCAGCUUCCACCUGCCGGUGAGCCUGAGCGACUGGUUUCCUCAGCAGCGGAUGAGGACGAAAAGGGAGGAGAUCAGGGACCUCAUUUUAAAAAUUCAAGCCCAACAAGAACUGACCAAGAAGGAUUCGGAGCCGCUCCCGGCCUCGCCCACAUCUCACGAGGAGCCCGAGAUCGAAGAGACUGCCAGCUCGGCCGCCGCACCACAGAACUUACCCAUCAGCCCCUGACAGAGCCCGCCCCUCCCUCCUCUCGCUCACUUCUGAUUGACAGGUGUUGGUCUGACAGAUCCCGUCGAGGCCCCGCCUAUUAGGCUUGGCCCCGCCCCUCUGAUUGUAUGCUGCUGGUUUUCCUGCGAUCUGGCUGAACGGCCCCUGUUUGAAUAAAACCUGAAGUGUAAAUACGCCGGAUGUUUUUUUCUCUUUUUGUUCUUUCUUUGCUGCCCCUUUUUUUUUUUUUUUUUUUUUUUAUUCACCGUUUGAGACUCGCAUAUGACACGACCCCUUCAUUAAGUUAUGAUCUUCCACACCUGUGCAGAAUAUACUCUGGCACCAUGCUGUUUGUCUUCUGUGCUUCUGAGUUUGGGGGAGCUAAGGCGACGUGCUCUUGUUUGUUAUGAUGUGUUAUAAUAUUUGUCAUAAAUUAUAAUCCACAGAGAACGGCUCGGUUUUCGCUCACGAGCCGCAGCGCUCACUGCUUGUUGUCUCUGAUGUCGAGUGGAUGAAAGUUCAGCAUUUAACAAAAAAAACAACACAACAAGCGUAGAGGCGGGAGCGCUCCCUUUGCCUUAAGAACCAUUUUUUAUUUUCCAGUUUGUGCCACGUAGUUGUUAAAAGAAUCAAAGUGAUGCCUUUUCUAUGUGUGUUGUCUUGCAUCUGUCUCAUUCUCCUGUUUAUUCGGUCACGCAGCCCGGCAGGGGCCCGAGGCGGCCCCGCAGACACUUGGGAAAUAAAUUCGACCUUUUUUUUUCAGGUCCUGGGAAGUUUGGCUUUUACAACUCAGAGCUGUGAAAGUGUUUUGUUGUGAGGUUCAGCACAUGCAUACACAAUAUAAAUGUGUUUCAUAAUACCAGUUCACAAGAAGAUGAAACAUGAGUUCUGUUUAAGUUGACCUGCUGUCAGAAUUUCAGGGUCACAGUAAAAACCUUCACAUCCCGUCACCAGGUGAACGAGCUGGAUAAGGAGUUUUGAAAUAUUAUUUAAAAGGAUGUGAAACACUGCAGAUUCCCCGCUGACUGUAGUAAGUAUAUUUGUGUGUAAACCACAUAGUAACACUUUGUAAAAGGAGACGAACAAAUGCCAUGGACGGUCACACA